UUCCAAAUGGCCUCAUUGUUUCCAAGAUUGAAAGGCACACAGCGAGGAACGGCACCACCCUCACCGAAGUGCCUCUCCGCUUCCCCCUGCGCUGCUCUGCUCCCCCUGGAUCCGCGCAGAGCCCAAGCUCACGCGCAGGCCCGUCUUCCCGGCAAGACCGAGUCCUUUGGCGACGCGAGCCCGUCGUCGGCUCCCAGAAGUAUGCAAAUCUUCGUGAAGAGCCUGCGCGGCGCGUCGCUGCCCCUGCUGAUUGGAGGCUCGGAGUCGGCUUCAGAGCUGAAGGCCACAGUCGAGGACCUCACCGGCGUGCCGGCCGAACUGCAGCGCCUGCUGUUCGCCGGCCGCGACCUGGAUGGCGACUCCGCCCCCCUGUCACUGUCUGGCCUCCGCCACGGCGCGACGGUCCACUUGGCCCUGCGGCUGCCCGGCGGCAAGGGCGGCUUCGGCGCCCUGCUGCGCGGCCAGGGGCGGGACGGGAAGAUUACGACCAAUUUCGACGCUUGCCGCGACCUGAGCGGGAGGCGGCUGCGGCACGUGAACGCGGAGAAGGCGCUGGAGGAGUGGGCGGCGGCGGCCAAGGAGCGGGAGCUGGAGGAGCUGGGCCGGCUGCACGCCAAGCAGCGGGAGAGGGAGGAGGCCGCCGCGAGGAGGAAGGAGGUGGACGUUGAUGGCAUGCGACAGCAGCGAAAGGCUGCCAUGGAUGGCGUCAAGGCGGCUGUGGCAGCAGGGCUCUCAAGGGAUGGAGCGGAAUCCAGCAAGAGGCCUGCGGGGUCAACAGCCCUUGCAAGACCCAACAACAAGAAGCCAAAGUUUUAUUUCCCCGACGAGGAAAUAGAUGAUGAUGAUGGCUUGUCAUCAGAUGCCGACGACUCCUGCAACAAUGAUGGCUCUGCGGUGCACUCAAUUGAUCACAACAAUGAUUGCAGAGAUGUGCCUGAACAUGAACAAGAGCAACAGGAGAAUGAUGGAUCUGAGGGGACUGUGGGCGUCGACGAAGCUGGGGAUGGAGCAACGGUGAAGGUUUCGACACAUAUAGGAGCUAGUGGCUCUUGCUCGCAGCCUGUGGAACAAGGUUGA